UGACAGCUGCCGCCGAACACAACCUCAAUAUUUCACAAAACGUUACGAGAAAAAAAUAACAUACGUCGCAUAUCUGCAAAAACUAUCAUUGAGUAAAACUUAUUAUGAUUUAUAAUAUUAAUUCAAAGCUCUAAAAUAUGCGACGCGCGUGAAUGAGAAAUAAAAGAGAUUGUUGUGUCAAGUGAAUUUGUGCUUUGCAUGCUGAAUUCUAUAUAUCUGGUGGCUGUCAUCACGGGGUUGUGCAGCGUUGCUCCGUAACAUGAAUCAAAAUAUAAAAUACAACAAAAUGACGAAGAACAAGUAACAAGCUUAACAUUCGUAAGAGAAAUUAUCAAAUGAAAAAUAUUAUUUCACACAAGUACAAUGUAGAUAAUUGAAGGAUUACAAGGGCACGUUAAAUGGAAGACUCAUGGAGUCGCGUGCGCAGAUGAGUCAGUCUCUGCCGACUAAACAUCAACGACCUGACGCAAAUUACAGGAGCUGUUCGCAGGCCUUGCCACUUGAUAUUCUAUGGUUGCCGCGGUCGUCAUUUCGGCCGGCGGAGGGCGAGCUGGCAGACUGCGUGCUCGUUGUCGGAGUGUCGCGGCCCAAGCUCGCCGCGGCCCUCCUCUCCGUCACACUACUAUCAUUAUUUCUCACCUUUCAUGUGCUCUACGACAGCGCCCUUUACAGUAUUCAAGCGGCGAGCAUGGCGUCAGCUGCCAGUGAAGGCCGUAAGAUAUUACAAAGUCAAGAGAGCAGCCGUACAAUAAGCCACCCUAUGGCUCUGAGAAAAAGGUUAAAACCGCCACGCGCGCCGAGGCCUGCCCGCCGACUCCCGCAGGCACUUAUCAUCGGAGUCCGUAAAUGCGGAACCCGUGCUCUCUUAGAAAUGCUGUAUCUACAUCCUAUGGUACAAAAGGCGUCGGGAGAGGUGCAUUUCUUCGACCGUGAUGAAAAUUACGCCCUCGGCUUAGAAUGGUAUCGAAGCAAAAUGCCUCUUUCAUUUAAAGGGCAAAUAACUAUAGAAAAAAGUCCAAGCUACUUCGUUACCCCCGAGGUACCAGAAAGGGUGCGUGCGAUGAAUUCUUCGGUGCGUCUGUUACUAAUAGUUCGGGAACCAGUGACUCGAGCCAUAUCUGACUAUACUCAGCUACGCAGCCGUGCUACACCCUCGGCACCUACGGUAUCCCUUGUGGGUCAUCCAUUACCUGACGCUGCGAAACCUUUCGAACAUCUCGCUUUGGCACCUGAUGGUUCUAUAAAUAUCGCUUAUAGGCCAAUAGCCAUAUCCUUAUACCACGCGUAUCUACAUCGAUGGCUCGAAGUGUUCCCCCGCGAACAGAUUUUGGUCGUGAACGGAGACCAAUUGAUUGAAGAUCCGGUGCCGCAGCUGCGUCGCAUCGAAAGGUUUCUUGGAUUGGAGCAUAAAAUAGGAAGGAAAAAUUUCUACUUCAACGAAACUAAAGGAUUCUACUGCUUGCGUAACGACACCACGGACAAGUGCCUCCGGGAGACAAAAGGCCGCAAGCACCCUCGGGUAGACCCCGCAGUCGUCACUAAGUUGCGGAAAUUCUUUGUCCAGCAUAAUCAACGAUUUUACGAUUUAAUCGGGGAAGAUCUCGGCUGGCCUGAGGACUAAGCUAUAUAAUCCGACUAGUCGAUCAACUAAUCCAUCAACUUGUCUAUCAAAGAUGAAACAUUACAUAUCGUUGUGAUGAACAUAUCAAUGUAAUACAUACAUAUCAAAUAAAAAUUAACAUAUCACUAGUUAAUAAGAUUUUUUAAAAAUGUUUAUGUAUACAUUUUAGCGUAUCAUAGAAUAAGCUAUUUAAGAGAUUUAUUAAUUAUUUAUUUACAUAAAGACGAGUGAUUAUAAUUAUUAAAUUAGGCAAAUAAUUUUAAUGAUUGAAUUCGAAAAGAAGUAAUUAAAAUGUUAGCUACAUAUAUAUAUUUUCAUAAUUAUGUUGAUUAUUUAAAAUUUUUAUUAGUAAAUUCUGUUUUUGAAAUUUUACGGGCAGUGUGUAAGAAAGGGAACAAAAUGUUAAUAAAUAAAAUUGAAUGAUUAAUUUUAUUUCGAGCUGAUAGUGUUUUUUUUCUUAGUAUUUUAUACAAACUUAUAAUAGAAGUAAUCUACAGGCAUCCAACGUGUACUGAUUUGAUAAAACCGACCCACUGAAACCCUGAGCAAUAUAUUUUUUAUAUAUAACUAAGUAUUGUGUGCUAUCCUUAUACAAAGUUAAUUAGAUAUACAGAUAUGAAUUUUAAUAUUUGUGAUCGUUUCGUUUUUUAGAAUCGAUUGAUUUUAAUAAUAUUAAGAGAAAUUAAUGUAAGUUUAAUCUCUAAGUAUAGCUAAAUGAAUGAGUGUUGUAAAUUAUUCGCUUUCUCUUUUUAGAUGUUGUAAUUUGGUCGUGCAAUGUGUCUUAAUGUUUAAUUCAAUCUUAUAAGUUUUUUUAGUAAAGGCCGACAGAUAAUAUAAAAAUCUUUGUUAU